ACAGAGAAAAAAAAAUGAGCUCUCUUAGUGUCUUAACAGUGAAAGCAGCUUUGUGCUGUGUGGUGGUUGUGCUUGGAGCACUACCCUUCUCUUCAGAUGCACAGUUAGAUCCCUCGUUUUACAAGGAUACAUGUCCAAAAGUUCAUUCACUUGUUCGUGAAGUGCUCAGAAAUGUUUCAAAAUCUGAUCCUCGUAUACUUGCCAGUCUCAUGAGGGUUCACUUUCAUGACUGUUUUGUUCAAGGCUGUGACGCAUCAAUUUUGUUGAACAACACUGCUACUAUUGUGAGCGAACAAGGAGCAUUUGGAAAUAACAACUCAAUAAGAGGUUUGGAUGUUGUGAAUCAGAUUAAGACAGCGGUGGAGAAUGCUUGUCCUGGCGUAGUUUCUUGUGCUGAUAUUCUUGCCCUUGCUGCUGAGAUAUCUUCUGUUCUGGCUAAUGGUCCUGAUUGGAAAGUUCCAUUAGGAAGAAGGGAUAGUUUAACAGCAAACCUAACCCUUGCUAAUCAAAAUCUCCCAUCUCCCGCUUUCAACCUAACUCAACUUAUAGACAACUUUGCACGUCAAGGCCUCAACAUUACUGAUCUAGUUGCACUCUCAGGUGCUCAUACAAUUGGCAGAGCACAAUGCAGAUUUUUCGUUGCCCGAUUAUACAAUUUCAGCAACACAGGCAACCCUGAUCCAACUCUCAACACAACCCUCUUACAAUCACUACAAGCAAUAUGUCCCAAUGGUGGAAAUGGGACUAAUCUCACCAAUUUGGACCUAACCACUCCUAAUACAUUUGACUCCAAAUACUACUUCAAUCUUCAGCAUCAAAAUGGCUUGCUUCAAAGUGACCAAGAGUUGUUUUCCACAAGCGGUGCUGCUACCACUCCCAUAGUCAACAAUUUCAGCAGUAAUGAAACUCUUUUCUUUAAAAACUUUGUGGCGUCAAUGAUAAAAAUGGGUAACAUUGGAGUGCUAACGGGGUCACAAGGUGAAAUCCGAGCUCAGUGUAAUUUUGUGAAUGGGAAUUCCUCAGGACUGGCUACACUGGCCACCAAAGAAUCAUCAGAAGAUGGUACAGUGAGCUCAAUCUAAAUAAGUUAAUAAAUGGCCAUAUAUGCUAGCUGGACUACGCAGAGAUUAAAAGGUACCAAAUAAAGAGUUCUAUAGGCACAUACUUGUUAUGUGCCAGUGGUGGAUUGUGAUCACGUUUGUAAUAAUUUGUGUUCUGAUUAAGGCUAGCUGUGUUACUAUGUUUGUUAUAUCUGGUUAUGAGAAUUUUGAGUUCUUUGAUGUUGAUCUGUU